AUGUCUUGUACGGCCUCUAAAAGCCCUACCCGUGAGGGCAGAGAGUUGGAUGGUCCAGUAACCGGUCAACAGAGCUCACCUGUGGCUGAAUCUGGCGAAUCAACAGCUCGUGAGCCCUUCGCAGGCGCGUGUGAGGCAAAGACAGAUGAGGAGCUCGACCGUCUAGCCCCCCAAGCACCCAUAAUCGAAGAUGGCAGUAAUGUUAGUAUAGUCGAAGGCACACAAUCAGAAAAUGGCUCUUCCGAAAGUAUUUUGAACGAUACGGAAGACGUAGAACGCCACCUGAGGAAGAGGCAUGCGCCACAUACCACUGCUAUUAAAGAACCGGAAGGGGCUACUGUUGACGUUGCUGAUGGAGAAGGGGCUUCGUAUAUACUUGAUAGUGGAGGAGACCAAACCUCUGGCCUACAGCCUAGGCCUGUAAAAUUCCCCAGAACAGCGCCUGCGCCGACAAAUGGUGAGGCAGUAACCACAGAAGCGACGAAGGCUGUCAAGAAUCAAGACGAAGAACUACAGUUGGAGAAGCCAGGGGUGUCCGUAGCUUUGCCGAAGGAUUGUCAUAAUACUUGCUCACAUGAGGGUGUGCUCAACGGGUCUUCCUCCGUUGAAGCCUCGGGGGAGAAGUCACACCCUCCCUCCACCAACCCUUCCGAAAUAUAUCAAUCUGCCUGGAUUCUCGCCCCCAUGGUGCGGAUAAGCACAUUGCCAUUCCGGCUAGAAUGCCUCAAAUACGGCGCAGACAUCGUUUACUCAGAAGAAAUAGUGGACAGGAAGCUCAUCGAUUCAAAACGGUACAUUAAUAAGGAUUUUGGCACCGUCGAAUAUAUCCACAAGAACGAUAGACGGUGUGUUUUCUCCACUUGCGACCUUGAGAAAGGCAAAGUAGUUCUGCAGCUCGGGACAGCAGAUCCGGCGCGCGCCCUGCAGGCUGCAACUAUUGCUAUGCAGGACAUUUCGGCGGUAGAUGUAAAUAUGGGGUGUCCUAAGAGCUUUUCGGUCAAAGGUGGCAUGGGUGCGGCGUUGCUUCAAACGCCAGACUUGGCAAUGGAUAUCCUGAAGACACUAACUCGGAAUCUUACUUGCCCGGUGACGUGUAAAAUCCGCCUGCUGGAAACAAUGGAAGAGACAGUUGACUUCGCACGAAAAUGCGAAAGUACUGGGAUAACGGCGAUUGCAGUUCAUGCAAGAAUUUUGAAAAGCGCCCUUAAUAUUCCACUAAUCGCCAAUGGGGACUUUCUGUCGGCUGAAGAUGCAACUCGUUUCCAAGCAGUCCUGUGCGGAGCCCCUUACCAGUCAAUAAAGUUUACCCUUCAGGAAAUGACUGCGCGGGAUAGCGAUGCAAAUCUCAAGCGCGAUUUGGUCGCAGCGAAUUCGACAGCAAAGGUUUGCACUGUAUUUGGACUGGACCAGUUCUACAACAGCAUUGAUCAUGUGCCGCAUGCUAAUACACUCAACUACUACAAGUUUAUAGAUCUCGAGUGA